CCCUUCGCCGCGACCAUGAAAAGCUUAGGGGCGAAUCGUAGCCGCCAUCUGUCUGACACCUGCGACCCCACGGCAGGCCCCCAGGAGCCGCUGUGCCCCCUGGCUCCGGAUCCCCACGCCACUUUCCUCCUGAGUCCCGGUGUCAACCAUUAUGGCACUCUGGACCCUCAUCUCCAUCACUUCCCAGUGUCCCCUCCGACGGCGGCGCUUCAGUCCGACUGCCUGCUGCCGCUCAAUAACCAGAUGAGCAACAGCAGCACCUUCCCUCGCCUGCACUACAGCGGCCCGCAGGAGCACAGCGAAUACACACAGGGUUGUGUGGCUCAGACGGGCAGUCGCUCGGGCACCCUCACCUCCUCCAUGUCCAUGGGUCUGGGUCUGGGCCUCGGCGCUCCUGCAAUGAUCAGCAGCGGUACAGCCACAAUCUCAUCCGCGGCUGCGGCCAAGAUGAACCGGCUGCCGGCUAAUCUGCUGGACCAGCUGGAGCGCCACCUACCACUGCAGCGCGACGGCUUCAGCACGCUACAGUUCCACCGGCGCAGCCGCGGCUCCAAACCGCGCAGUGAGAGCCCUAGCCGCAUCCGCAACCUCGUGCAGUCUGUGCAGAAGCUCUUCGCUAAGUCACAAUCCCUAGAGGUGUCCGCAAUUAAAGCCGGCAGCAUAACGAGCGGCGACAAAACUGGCAGACGAAGCAAAAGCAAAGAUCGUGCAAAAACCGAAGGCACCAAACGCCGCCCGAGACCCAAUCUCUCCGGCUUCUGGAGCUCAGAUGAUGGUUUAGAGGAUGACCCGCCAGCUCAACCCACUGCUGGGCCUCUAGCAGUGGCAUAUCGUAACCCGCUUAGCAUGAUGACACUAGGUAGAGCUGUAUCCGACAGCCAGGCGGCGCUAAAACCACAUCCGCAGGGCUACAACACCAUCGCCUCGCUCAAAUCCUCCAAGAGCAGCGGAGAGCUGAAAGCACAGGUCAGUCUGCCGCCCGCUGGAGCCCAGCACGCAGAGCUGGUGAAGAGAGGCUCCUGGUCCACACUGACCCUCAGUCAGGCCAGACAGGUGCUGCAGAAGAGCUCCGCCACCGUCAACCGCACGCUACUCAAGUCCAAGUCCUGCCACGGACAGGAGAUGACCUGCAACUUCCUACAGGUGCCUACUGGAGAAUGGAGCGGGACUCUAGGUAAAGCAGGCGCCGAGGGUGAGAUCCCCUGCAGACGGAUGCGCAGCGGCAGCUACGUCAAAGCCAUGGGCGACACCGAGGACAGCGAGGACUCAGACGGGCCGCCUUCACCCAAACCCUCGCCCAAAAGCGCAGCCCGACGCCAGAGUUACAUGAAGGCCACGCAGCACUCGCUCAGCGAACAACAGCCGCCGCUGCCGCCACGCAACUGUAUGCUGUCUCUGUGCGAGGUGCCAACCAACCGCAGCCUGGACAACCUGGACUGUCUAAUGGGCCCCGGGGAUGCAGCUCUACAGCACUGGGAUGCCGAUGGGGGAUUCAGUCAGCGCUGCGCCACACUGGGAAGAGGAUCUAUCAUGAGCCAGGUGGAGCAGUGCUUCAUGGCCAGCGCUGCUUACGGACAGAUGGAGUCUCAAGCGGUGGAGGCUCUGGAUCUUCCCACUCCCACCUGCUUCCGCUCCCGGAGCCACAGUUACCUGAGGGCCAUCCAGGCCGGAUGCUCGCAGGACGAGGACACUGGGUCUGUGGAUUCAGACGAGACGCCGCCCAUCACCUCCUCCAUCAGCAGCUGCAACAGCGUCACCGUCUCCACAUGUACGGCAGUGUGUAAGAAGAAUCCUCCACCCGUUCCUCCACGCAACGCCUCCAAACCCUACAUCUCCGUCACCGUCCAGAGCAGCACCGAAUCUGCGCAGGACACGUACCUGGACAGCCAGGACCAGCGCAGUGAGGCCAACAGCCAAUCAGGGCGCAGCAACUCCUCUGACAGCCUCGCCAGCUCUCGGACAGGCAGUCUGGUGAAGGGCUCCAAGCGGCCGCCCAUCCUGCCGCCAAUCCCUGCCCCACGGGAGCCCGUACAGCUGCCCAGCGCCAGGGUGACCACACCCCCUCCUGCUAUAGCUCUUCCCACUCCAGUCCCCGAUGCAAAACCCGAGCCCCUGAGCCUCACUCUGGUCCCAGACGAACCACAAGCUCCACCCAAAAGGAAGCUCUCGUCCAUUGGGAUUCAGGUGGAUUGUGUGCAGCCGAUUCUGAAAGAGGAACAAACCCCCACCACCAGGUUCCAGUCCAUCGGGGUUCAGGUUGAAGACGGCAGGCCACUCAGCCGCUUCACUAGCAUGGCGUCUAGACAGGAGACGACGGAGGCUGAAUCUCAGGAGCAGUCCGACGGUAAACAUUUGGGUAAUAAAACGCCCGGUCAGUCUUUGGACAAACCCUCCCUGGCGGACGUGACCCGCUCUGCUUUGACCUCGCUACAGGAGAAGCUGGAUCCAGCGUUGGACCCAUCCCGCCUCCCUCCACCAGACCCGUCUCUGCAGGCCGGCAGUGGGAGCGUUAACGGAGCCGUAGAGCAGCCAGGAGGAUCGGCCUGCCUCAGGGACGGUCGAUGCUUUCAGAAGCUUCUCCAGGCUGAAACUGACCGCAUGGAGGCCUGGUGUCAGCAGAUGGAGCAGGAGACCAAAGACAAGCAGCUGUCGGAGGAGGUGUUAGGGAAGAUCCGCAGUGCUGUCGGCAGCGCUCAGCUCUUAAUGUCGCAGAAGUUUCAGCAGUUCCAGGGUCUUUGUGAGCAGAACCUGGACGUGAGUGCUCAGCCUCGGCCCACGGCUCAGGAUCUGGCAGGUUUCUGGGAUCUCCUUCAGCUCUCCAUCGAGGACAUCAGCAUGAAGUUUGAUGAGCUUCACCUCCUCAGGUCCAACGACUGGAAGACGACUGACAAAAAGGAGGAGAAGAAGUCCGCUCCAGUGCACACACCAAAGAAGACGGUGAAGGUGAAACCCAGCGGCGGGAAGGAAAAGAGCCUGGACUCGGUGGCUGACAAACAGCGCCAAGAAGCCAGAAAACGUCUGAUGGCGGCAAAGCGAGCGGUUUCUGAACGCCAGAAUUCGGCCACCGAGAGCGCCGAAAGCAUCGAAAUCUACGUUCCUGAGGCUCAGACGCGACUCUAAUAACAAAAAAAGUUCAUUAAAAACUCCUGGUCAUGAAGAAACACUCAAAAACCGAGGUCGGAUUGAAAGCUGAAAACUUAAUCAAUUACAAAAUGAAAAAUACGUCAAAAUGCAAGAAAAAUCGAUUUUGAACGCUCAAGCGCUGCCACAGAAGAACCUCCCGUUGACGUUCGUUUCUACGAUUAACCUUGUUAUAACUAUAAAUGUCCUAAAAAAGUGAAUUAUCUCAUGGAAUAUAUCAAGACUCUUGUCUGUAAAUUGUGCUAAUAAUAUCUUAAUAAGAGAAGACGUUCUUGAGACCCUUUACACGCGUCACAUGACCCGCUUUUUUCCACUCGUCACAUGACCUGCGGACGGCCAACGUACAGCAUGCACUCAGGAUCCGCACGUGUGCACUUGUCUUUCAUCGGCUCAGUCUUCCUGUUUUUCUUCCUGUUUUUUGUUCUUCAUCCGGAGCUCAAGAGCGCCCCCUGUGGCCAUUUCUAGCAACGUUUUCGACGGAAAACUCGAAAUGUGAAACGAAAUUGAUAGAAUAACAGUUUUUUUUUUAUUAGCACUCCUCUAGUUUUGUUUGUUUCAUGUCACUAUUCAUUCCAGUAAAAUUGAACGCAAUUUAACGCAUUUCAGCUUGUUUUAUUUUUCACACGAUGCAUCGGUUUAAGUUCACAGGGAUGAAAUAUGACCACUCGAACGUUGUUUUUAAAUGACGAAUGUUUAAGGAACUUAAUGGCGAUGUCCAGAUUUUUACUUGGACCCUGACAGCCUGUUUGUUUUGUAUUAUUAUUAUUAUUAUUAUUAUUAUGGUUGUUUUAUCUGUUGUUCAUUCAUUCAUUCCAUGUGUUUUCCAGCACACGCUUGUGUUCAGAUCAAGCGAUGAACGUACAUCCGUGUGUGUGUUUGUGUGACCAAUUAGAGCUCUUCAUUUGUGCUCAAUUGUUUUUUUUUUUUUAUCAUUAUUUUUUUUGUCAGCUAUUAAAAUCCUCCGUUACCCAGAA